AUGGUGCAAGAUCGUGCCACAAAGAUGGCCUCAGCAGUGAGUAGGAGAGUGCCGUCUGCAAAUGAACAACUUCAAGCUAGAAUGGCUCUGUUGAUGAAGGAAAAACAAACCUCUCCGACACUUAGCUCAUCGAAACCGAUAACUCUGGAGCAGAUGUACGGCCAUCGGCGUCCAGAUGUGGUCGGCUCGGUUGCUAAAGGAGAAGCAAGAACGGCACGAAACAGCUUAGUAUCGGGUGGUCAAUCCGCUGCGAUUCCAAAGCUGCGGGAUCCGACGAACAGCAAAAUUCCUUUUUCGCUGCGAGUCAAUUUUUUGAACAAGAUAUUCUCGCAGUACUUGGAAGUCUGUCCGGAAGUGGAAGCAGUUAGAAACGUGAGUCGUUUAGUCGAGUUUCUUUGA